UUCAGUACUCCAACAUGAUUUGGCGUGUGACUCUUCUGGCCUGCUUUGGGCUGAUUUGUGCUGAAGAACCUUUCAACCAUAAUGUGCACAAUGAGAGAGUCAUAGGAGGUCACGAUUCUAAGCCCAACACCUGGAAAUGGCAGGUUUCUCUGCAGCAUGAUUCAUACAAUGACAAUUAUUUCUACCACAUCUGUGGAGGCUCCAUCGUUGACGCUUUCCACAUCAUGACUGCAGCUCACUGUAUCCUCAGCGUGGAUCCUACAGAGUACCGUGUGGUGGUGGGGGAGUACAACUUGUAUGAGUACGACGGCAGUGAGCAGUUCAUCCGUGUGGACAGGAUCGUUGUCCACCCUGGCUGGAAUGGUGACCUUGCCAAUGGAAAUGAUAUUGCUAUCCUGAGACUGACUGAUCCUGUGUACGACAACGGUUAUGUGGCCAUCGCUAACCUUCCCUACCGUGAUGAGACGCUGCCUCAUGGAUUCACCUGUACCGUCACUGGCUGGGGAUUAAUCGACUUCGAAGGAAACGUCCCUACCGUCCUGCAGGAAGCUCCCCUUGAUGUGGUGGAGCAUUCAGUCUGUUCUCAGUAUGACUGGUGGGGCAGUGUUGCUCUGAACACCAUGGUGUGUGCUGGAGGGGAUGGAGUCGUAUCAGGCUGCCAGGGUGACUCUGGAGGUCCCCUGAGCUGCUACACUAAUGGAGCCUGGAGAGUCCAUGGUGUUGUCAGUUAUGGUCCAGCUGGCAUGUGCAACCAGUAUAAAAAACCCACAGUCUUCACCAGAGUCUCCUCCUUCCUGGACUGGAUGUAUUCAGUUAUGGCUUGAACCGGAGUCUGUGAAAUAAAACUCGUGCAUCUCA